GGAAGGAGAUCUGCCUUUCCCCAUCCAGCACAGGGAGCUGCCCCUCACCAGGCACCUCCGCACCGUUUGAUAAUGGGCUGUAUUAAAAGUAAGGAGGACAAAAGCCCAGCCAUUAAAUACAGAACUGAAAACGCCCCAGAGCCGGUCAGUGCCAGUGUCAGCCAUUAUGGAGCAGAGCACACUGCGGUGACACCGUCGUCCUCAGUGAAGGGCACCUCAACGAACUUCAGCAGCCUCUCCAUAACGCCAUUUGGGGGAUCCUCAGGGGUGACUCCUUUUGGGGGAGCGUCUUCUUCGUUCUCAGUGGUGCCAAGUUCAUAUCCUGCUAGUUUAACAGGUGGUGUUACUAUAUUUGUGGCCUUAUAUGAUUAUGAAGCUAGAACUACAGAAGACCUUUCAUUUAAGAAGGGUGAAAGAUUUCAAAUCAUUAACAAUACGGAAGGAGACUGGUGGGAAGCGCGCUCAAUCGCCACAGGAAAGAACGGUUACAUCCCCAGCAAUUACGUGGCGCCUGCAGACUCCAUUCAGGCCGAAGAAUGGUAUUUUGGCAAAAUGGGGAGAAAAGAUGCUGAACGAUUGCUUCUGAAUCCUGGGAAUCAACAAGGCAUAUUCUUAGUAAGAGAAAGUGAAACCACUAAAGGUGCUUACUCCCUCUCUAUUCGUGAUUGGGAUGAAGUAAGGGGCGACAAUGUGAAGCACUACAAAAUUAGGAAACUUGACAACGGUGGAUACUACAUCACAACCAGAGCACAAUUUGAUACGCUGCAGAAAUUGGUGAAACACUACACAGAACAUGCUGAUGGUUUAUGCCACAAGUUAACAACUGUGUGUCCAACUGUGAAACCCCAGACUCAAGGUCUAGCAAAAGAUGCUUGGGAAAUCCCUCGGGAGUCUUUGCGACUAGAGGUUAAACUAGGACAAGGAUGCUUCGGUGAAGUAUGGAUGGGAACAUGGAAUGGAACCACAAAAGUAGCAAUCAAAACACUAAAGCCAGGGACAAUGAUGCCAGAAGCUUUUCUUCAAGAAGCGCAGAUAAUGAAAAAACUAAGACAUGAUAAACUUGUUCCACUCUACGCUGUUGUUUCCGAAGAGCCCAUUUACAUCGUCACUGAGUUUAUGUCAAAAGGGAGCUUACUAGAUUUCCUUAAGGAAGGCGAUGGAAAGUAUUUGAAGCUUCCACAGCUGGUCGAUAUGGCUGCUCAGAUUGCUGAUGGUAUGGCAUAUAUUGAAAGAAUGAACUACAUCCACCGAGAUCUUCGGGCUGCUAAUAUUCUUGUAGGAGAAAAUCUUGUGUGCAAAAUAGCGGAUUUUGGUUUAGCAAGAUUAAUUGAAGACAAUGAAUACACUGCGAGACAAGGUGCAAAAUUUCCCAUCAAAUGGACAGCUCCUGAGGCUGCACUUUAUGGUCGAUUUACAAUCAAGUCUGAUGUAUGGUCAUUUGGAAUUCUACAGACAGAACUUGUAACAAAGGGGAGAGUGCCCUAUCCAGGUAUGGUAAACCGAGAGGUGCUGGAACAGGUGGAGCGGGGAUACAGGAUGCCCUGCCCUCAGGGCUGCCCAGAAUCACUCCAUGAAUUGAUGAACCUUUGCUGGAAGAAGGACCCUGAUGAAAGACCAACAUUUGAAUAUAUUCAGUCCUUCUUGGAAGACUACUUCACUGCUACAGAGCCACAGUACCAGCCAGGAGAAAAUUUAUAAUCCAGAUAGCCUGUUUUACACGCACAGAUCUGCCAAAAUGUAAAGACCUUGUGUAGAGUUCCUCAUGUACAGGAAUGAAAGGAAGAAAGUCUUCUUCACUCCGCAUGUUUUUAAUGGUAAACUGGAAUUCCAGGUAUGACUGCACAAAACCACUUUUUUUCUUCUCCAAGUGUUAAACUUUAAAGUACCAAUGAUGAAUUUUCCACUUUAUUUCAGGGUCCAAAGAAAGUAGAGCUAAGAUAUUGAUGACAGGGUGAGUGACAGAAUGGUAAAGAAGAGCGGCAAGGUUACUGUUUUAAAUCAUUUCCUUUCUUCCUCAAACUUAGAUUCUAUAAUAAAAAUUAUUUCUCAUAAUUUUAAGAGAAAUAUUAUUGUAGGCAAAACUUGGGAGGUAAAAAGUUAUACCAUUAGUAAAAUUUAAAGGAAUUAAUAGGACCAAAUAAUUCCAUUCCAGUUUUUUUUUUUUAAUUUCUUCCAUAAAUUAUUCUCAAAAGUUUUUUUUCUAUGUUAAACAGUCAGUCUGAAGUCUUAAUAUACACCUCCUUUUGUGUGGAAAUGGGCCACGCUUUUCAAAAGCAAAAUGAAACAAAAAGGAUUUUAAACAGUAUUUAAAAUUUGACUGUUAGACCACAGCAGUGGUGUUUGAAAGUAUAACACACUAAUGUUUAUAUUCAUAUUCUUAGAACUGGAAAGUAGAAAAAGAAAUUUUUCACCAGUGUCAUUUUCUGGGUAGUUCAGUUUAGAAAAAUGAAGGUAGCCUGAAAGGUGAGUUAAUCUUUUAUAAAAUUGCAUUGAUCUUCUUAAAAGGCAAUAUAUAAUUGAAAUUGUACUAUCCAAUCCAAGCGGAAAUCUUUUAAUCUUUAAAUGGCAUGAAAAGUAAGACCCAACAUUUAAGCAGUCCAUUUUUAGAAAUAGACUUGGUACUGGGAGAUGUUGCUAUUGUAUUCUUACGGUGAUGGGUGCCACAAACAGAAAAUAUCACUAGAUCAGGGACUUGAAUGCACUUUGCUUGUUUUGAAUAUAGAGUAAGAGGGAAAAUGUAUUUAAGAGAAAUAUGAGAAAAGAAAAUGUGAAAGUUUCACAGGUAGAGGGAUGGAAUUUAAUGUUUAAUGUUGAUAAUCAUGGAGGGACAAAGUGGCUUUGCUGGCACUCAAAGCUUGUCACUUAGUUUUCUGAGACUUUAGGAGUUACAAGAUAUGUCUAUAAAAUUAAUUUUUCUUAACAUACACACUGAAUGAGUGUUAUACCCUCAAAAUGGUGAAGGUAAAGCUUCACACUAAUUCCAGUGACACAGCUAUUAUACAAAAUAUUUUUAGAACUCCUGUUUUCAAACCCAUGUUUGAAUCUUCAUUCCUUUUUAAAAUAUACUUAAUGGUAGGUAUUUUUCCCUCUAGGAAUAUAGUUGAUUUUGGGAGGAAAACUUACUCAGAACAGUAAUAGUAGUUCAAACAGGGCCAGUUUUUGACCAUUUGAAGUGUUAAUUUUUCCAACUAACUCAGAAAUUCCAGAGUGUGAAUUUGAAUAACAGCGUUACUGGUUUAAGAGUCUAGCAAAGAAAAAUUGAAUUUGAUAAAUAAAAGUCUACUAUUUUUGUUUUUAAGAACAGUUUUAUAGUUACAAUUGAAAGCAUUAUAUAAGGUUCCUAUAUUUUCAGCAUAUAAUUUUUAACUACCAUCACUUACCUGAUUUAAUCAUGAAAUUAAAAAUUCUGUGCCAUAGUAUAUAUGUUCAAAUUCAAGCCAUUUUAAAAUAUGACAAGUGAACUUCAUGCAAGAUGGCAACAGUACUGGUACUAAAAAUUCUGGUUGUUUCCUCUGUUUACAUAACCUGUUUAGUAUUGAGUCCCUCAACCAAGAGAUGUUUCCUAAGAAGAGUGCUGUCAUUAUUUACCCUUAACGUAGACAACCUGUGACAUGACGUUUUUAAAGGGCUUUAUGUGAACUAUGAUAUUGUAAUUUUCUAAGUACCAUUCACGGGGUAGCAAAAUUAUGUUUAUUUACUAAUUCUGAUCAGAAAAAUAAGCCAGGAAAACUGAUGGUAUUCAUUAGAUUUUAACUGAAUGGAGCAUUUCUUUCUAAUCCCAAUUGUAUAGUAAGGAUAAAACACUAACUUAAUGUGUAUUCAUCUUAAAUUGUUAUGUAUUUUUAAAUUGCCAAGAAAAAAUAAACUGUUUUGUAUAUUUGAAGCUUUUUCCAAUAA